AUGAACUUGAGACUGUUUCAACGUCGUCGUCAAGUCGUCAAGUUCAGAGGUUUUCAUCAAAUAUUUUCUGGAACAAUGUCACGUGGUACCCAAGAUCUUGUGUUCUUGUUAGCUAUAGCGUUAUUGGCAAUAUGUUCUCAAAAUUCGCAAGCUCAUGUAACACUUGAAAACGGGGUGAAAUCAAAGGUGUAUUUAUCACCUAAGAUAACUCAACAUCCGGGAUCCGUUUCAAACAAAUUCUACUACGAUAUCGAGUUCCCAAAAGGUCAUAUUGCUAUAAAGAGCUUCAAUGCCGAAGUUGUUGAUGAAGAAGGGAAUCCUGUUUCUCUUCAAGAAACUUAUCUCCACCAUUGGGUUGCCGAAAGAUACUACCAACGUAAAGGUAUUAAAAGUCCGAAGUAUAACAGUAAUAACGGAUCCCACCAAUCAGAUUUCCUUGUCGCUGGGAACGCUGGGGUAUGCAAUAUUGAAAGCGGUCUUUCCCAAUUUUUCGGAUUGGGAUCUGAAACACGAAAAACAUCCACACAUAUUCCUGAUCCUUAUGGAAUCGAAGUGGGUAAUCCGCUUGAAGUUCCUGCUGGAUAUGAAGAGAAAUGGGUGCUUAAUGUCCAUGCAAUCGACACUCGAGGUGUCGUAGAUGCAAUCGGAUGUACUGAAUGCAGAUGUAACUUGUACAAUGUGACGAAAGAUGAAUAUGGUCAGCCUUUGGAUCCAAAUUAUUUGGGAGGCUUAUACUGUUGCUAUGAUGAAACGCAAUGCAAACUGAAAAACGGGGUUGAAAGUGUGAAGAGAAACCUUUACAUGAAGUACACUGUUGAGUGGGUUGAUUGGAGUGACUCCAUAAUACCUGUUAAAAUCUAUAUAUUUGACGUCACUGAUACUUGGCAGAAUACAGGAAUCCAUGAUUGCUCGAUUGAGUUUGAUGUUGAACAUAGUAUAGCAAACGACUACACCAGUACCAGAAGAUCAAAUGCAAGUUUCCCAAUUUCUGGUGAUGUCGUGUAUGGCGUUGCACAUCUACACAGUGGUGGAAUAGGUUCUGCUUUAUAUGGAGAGGAUGGACGAGUUAUUUGUUCGUCUAGAGCUAUUUAUGGGGAAGGAAACGAGGCAGGAGAUGAAGCUGGUUAUAUUGUAGGGAUGACCACAUGUUACCCUAAUCCAGGGUCUAUAAAGAUAGCUAAAGAUUCUUCUUCUACUUUGGAUGCUUCGGUUCAAAUUCAUCAAGGAUCAAAAGUACCGAUCUUCUUUUGGGGUGUAGCUAUGUUCGGAUUGGCAAUUUUUGCAGCUGUUGUAGUUGCUUAUAAGCGACGUAGGCAAAGUAAGGAUGGGUACCAGUUUAUUGCAACUUAAGCAACCUUUCUACCAUAUGUGACAAUUAGAUGCUAUGUGACAUGAAUCGUGUGGUAAAACUAUACAUUUUACAGACCUUAAUAUGUGAAAAAUAUAAGGAUAUGUUGCUAUAAUAAAACUUAGUUAAGAUUUGUCACUGUAUGCUCACGUUUAGAAGCAGGAAUGUUUUUGUAAUAUAUACGGUUGGCAUGCAUGUCAAGUAUCACACAUAAAAGAGACAAUAUAAUGUAUAAUAAAAUAUGGUUUGUUGCAUGUGGUGGACUAUAUAGUUUACCACAUGUUUGUUUAUCUGAUUAA